AUAUCGCCUAGCGACGCACUGUGCAUGACGUCACGUGUACCCAGCCGUGUCAUGUGUGUUCCAUUGUAUCACAGAGUGUACCAAAAGGAAAUCUAUUGAGACCACAAUAACACAUCGCUAAACGCUUUCCCUCCCAAUAUUCCCUGGCACGAGGCGAGUAAUCAUUAAGGAGUAUUUCUUGAACUUAUUAUAGCAGCUGAAAAAUCCCUCUGAUCGCCAUAUUGGAACGCGAGGGUUGUUGGCUCGAAUCUUGAACCAUUCACAGCUUCACUUCCGAAUGGGUCCAAAUUAACAGUCAUGACCAUCCAAGAUAUGGGCAGUUAUUCUUCCCCGCCAUAUGACGAAGAGGAGGCAGCUUCGGUCGCGGUGGGCACAUCAGCGGCAGUUGUUCUUGUCACUUCUCAGGAUCGAGCUAACGAAUCUGGCCCACAAUUUGAAGAUGAAGAUUUCCUACCACUGCUUUCAUCAAAGUACCGCUACUGCAAAUGGCAUGAGCUGGAUGAUGUUGAUGUUAGGGGGAAUAUGCUCAAAUCACCAAGAGUACGAAGAGCUCCCAAGGGUUAUAAACUUGAGGCAGUCCGCAAGCUAGAGCUUGAAGAAGGGAUGGAAAACUCAGAUGAGGAAGAUCACAGGCAGUUGCAUGUUCCACUUAGAAGGAGAAAAGCCAAAAGAACUAACCAUUUCAGAAAUAAAAUGGAGAACUGGGAGAAUGCUGAGUCUGUAAACUUGUCAUAUCAAGACUUGGGUCACCCCUUCCAGAAGAAAGAAUUCCUGAGAGUGCUAAGAAGACUUAUUCGCUGUGAGAACAUUCAGCUUAUGGAUAAUGCCUUGAAAGAUCUAAAUUCAGUUGGACUACCAAGGUGUACACAUCUUUACCUUCAAAGAAACUACAUCAGUGAUUUGCGAAAACUUCCAAAGGUCCCGAUGCUUGAGCACCUGUCGUUACAGCAAAACAGUAUCGAGUCUCUAGCUGGUCUAGAACUGCUGAGAAAAACAAACAUCAAGUCAUUGAUCUUGAAGGGCAAUCCAAUCGAGCUGGACCCACAUUACAGGCAAAUGGUGUUUAAGGUUCUACCAGACCUCUUACUUCUAGAUGGCGUCCCUAAGCUUGAGAGUGACGUGGAAGACUCAUUGCAAGCAACUAUUGCUAGAACUUGCAUAGUCUCCUAGCACAGGCCCCUUCUAAACAAUAUCAACGACAUUUUAUACAUAACAGGAAUAGAGGCAAUGCAAAAUAUUUUGAUAAUUAUUUAAUUUGAGCUUUGUAUAUACUGUACAUAAAAGACAUUUUAAUAAUUUUAUACAGAUAGAUGGUUUUCUAGAAAUCAGUUCUGUCAAAGAAUAUACAAAAUAAAGAUAUGAAAAACGCA